AAAAAAAAAAAACAAACAAACAAUCGGCUCGUUUUCUCCUGAGUUCUCCUCAGUGCUUCACUAACUGAAUCUCGAGAUCAGAGAAGCGGCUCAGAACCCUAAUCUACAGGUUGGGUUCUGUCAAAACUCCCAUGGUUAUUUGAUUGAAUGAAAGAACAUUUCGUUACAACUCUUGUGUUCUUCAAGUCUUUUAUUAAAGGAUUCGAUUUUUAGUAUUCGCUGUGGAUUUGAAGAUUUUUGCAAUCCGAUGGGGACGAUGCACCGGAGCGGUGCUCCCAGAAGGACAAAUGAAAAUGCAAAGCUGAUCAUAACGACAAUCGUGGGAAUGGUGUUUGGUUUUUUUAUCGGUAUCACAUUACCAUCAGUUUCUUUUAUUAAGAUUAACUUACCCUCAGGCCUUAUAUCAUCUCUUGAUGUAGCCAUGUCAGAUAGGAAAUUAUUUUCUGGUGGCAGAUCGCCUGAAGAUUUUGGUUCAAGAGAGUCUCCUAAGAUAUAUGUUCCAACCAACCCGCAUGGUGCAGAACUACUCCCUCCAGGAAUUAUUGUGGCAGAAACAGAUUUUUACUUGCGCAGAUUAUGGGGUGAACCCAGUGAAGAUUUGAAGAAGAAACCAAAAUAUCUAGUGACUUUUACAGUUGGGUUUGAGCAGAAGAACAAUAUUAAUGCAGCUGUUAAGAAGUUUUCUGAAGAUUUCCAAAUUUUGCUAUUUCACUAUGAUGGUCGGACGACUGAGUGGGAUCAGUUUGAGUGGUCAAAAAACGCAAUACAUAUCAGUGCAAGAAAGCAAACAAAAUGGUGGUAUGCAAAGAGAUUUUUGCAUCCUGAUAUUGUCUCAGCUUAUGAGUAUAUAUUUAUAUGGGAUGAAGAUCUUGGAGUCGAGCACUUCAAUGCAGAAAGGUAUAUUGAGUUAGUUAAGAAGCAUGGUUUGGAGAUUUCUCAACCAGGGUUAGAGCCAAACAACGGACUUACAUGGGAAAUGACAAAGAGGAGAGGUGACCGAGAUGUCCACAAAGAAACUCAAGAAAAACCUGGAUGGUGUAGUGAUCCACAUUUACCUCCAUGUGCUGCGUUUGUUGAGAUUAUGGCACCUGUAUUUUCGAGAGAAGCAUGGCGAUGUGUAUGGCAUAUGAUUCAGAAUGAUCUUGUUCAUGGAUGGGGUCUUGAUUUUGCUCUGAGACGAUGUGUUGAGCCUGCUCACGAGAAGAUUGGUGUAGUAGAUUCACAAUGGAUCAUCCAUCAAGUGAUUCCUUCUUUGGGAAGUCAGGGUGAGUCGGAGCAGGGAAAAUCUCCAUGGCAAGGGGUGAGAGAGAGAUGCAGAAACGAAUGGACGAUGUUCCAGAACCGUGUGGCAGAAGCUGAUAAAAAGUAUAUGGAACAACACAAGCAAAAAGAAUAACCGAGGUCAUCAUCAAAUCAUCUUCGUGCUUUGUCUCUGUAAAUGAAGCUUUUUUUCGUUUCCAUGACCAAAUGAGUGUGAAGAGAGAGAUAUCUGUAGUUCCCUCCUUAGUUUAAAACCUCUCAGAUAUAUCUGCGUUGUUUAUCUUUUGUAAUAAUAUCUGUUCUUAUCCCUGAUCUUUACAACUCUAGUGAUAUGAUAUUUUUCUUGAUUA